AUGAUCCGCCGCAAGAAGAACGUGAAGAAGGGAAUUCAGUUCUGUCUGAUGGUCUGCGGUGCCUCAGGAACAGGUAGAACGACCUUCGUCAACACCCUCUGCGGAAAGGACGUCCUCACCCACAAGGACUCGGACGAUGCCAGCGCCGCCCACGUCGAGGACGGUGUCAAGAUCAAGCCCAUCACAGUCGAGCUCGAGUUGGACGAGGAGGGCACCCGUAUCUCCCUGACUAUCGUCGACACUCCCGGCUUCGGUGACCAGAUCGACAAUGAAGCGAGCUUCUCGGAGAUUGUUGGCUACCUCGAGAGACAAUACGAUGAUAUUCUGGCCGAGGAGUCGCGUAUCAAGCGUAACCCCAGAUUCAGGGACAACCGUGUCCACGCCAUGCUCUACUUCAUCACCCCGACUGGUCAUGGUCUCCGCGAACUCGACAUCGAGCUUAUGAAGCGCCUCGCUCCCCGCGUCAACGUCAUUCCCGUCAUUGGCAGAGCUGACUCGCUCACCCCCCACGAGCUUGCCGAGUCCAAGAAGCUGGUCAUGGAGGACAUUGAGCACUACCGCAUCCCCGUCUACAACUUCCCUUACGACAUCGAGGAGGACGAUGAGGACACCGUCGAGGAGAACGCCGAGCUGAGAGGCCUCAUGCCCUUUGCCAUUGUUGGUUCCGAGGACGUCGUCGAGAUUGGUGGCCGCACUGUCCGCGCCCGCCAGUACCCCUGGGGUGUUGUCGAGGUUGAUAACCCCCGCCACUCGGAUUUCCUCGCCAUUCGUUCCGCCCUGCUGCACAGCCAUCUUGCCGACUUGAAGGAGAUUACCCACGACUUCCUGUACGAGAACUACCGUACCGAGAAGCUCAGCAAGAGCGUCGAGGGUGGUGCUGGAGUUGACUCGUCUAUGAACCCCGAAGACCUGGCAUCGCAGUCCGUCCGCCUCAAGGAGGAGCAGCUCCGCCGCGAAGAGGAGAAGCUGCGCGAGAUCGAGAUCAAGGUCCAGCGCGAGAUCAACGAGAAGCGACAGGAGCUGCUGGCCCGCGAGUCCCAGCUCCGCGAGAUCGAGGCCCGCAUGCAGCGCGAGCAGUCGGCCCACGCUGCCGCUCAGUCGCCGAACCCCGAGGCCAACGGCGAGCACGAGGCCUAA